AGAACUGAGGACUCCGCAGGUUAUGCUAAUACAGGAUUCAAGAUGGCGGACGAAGAGGACGAAAUUAAGUUGGGUCCUAUGUUAUAAUAAACUUGAAAUGUCUGCGGGUUGGAAACCCAAGUUUUGGAGACCAGGAGCAGAAGCACCUGGGGUAAAUGAAGAGAGACCUUCCUCAAAUGAUGAGAGCAGCACAACAACUGUGUUCAACCCUAACUCUUCUCUAUCAAUCGACAUUCAAAGACAGAGGCUACCUAUUUUUAAGCACAGAACAAAUAUUCUUUAUCUAUUGGAAAAAUAUGAAACAGUGAUUAUUGUUGGGGAAACAGGAUGUGGAAAGUCCACUCAGAUACCACAGGUACUGUAAUAUACACAAAAGAAGAAUUUCAGAUCAACAUUAUGAAAGUAAAGUAUAGAACUGUACUUGCUUGAGAGUGGCUGGACAGCUGAUGGUAAGAAGAUUGGAAUUACCCAGCCACGGCGGGUGGCAGCUAUCACGGUGGCAAUACGGGUUGCAGAAGAGCGUGACACUUUUGCUGGACAAGAAGUUGGUUACUGUGUCCGUUUCAAUGACUGCUUUGACCCGAAGCUUACAUCUAUCAAGUUCAUGACUGAUGGUAUUCUUCUUCGCGAAGUAAUGGGUGACCCUCUGCUUUCAAGCUACAGUGUGAUUAUGAUAGAUGAAGCGCAUGAGAGAACCCUUCACACUGAUGUUCUCCUAGGCCUACUUAAAAAGAUAAAGAAGAAAAGGCCGGAUUUGCGCAUCAUAGUGUCUUCUGCAACUUUGGAUGCUGAGAUGUUUAAGGACUUUUUCAACACAAACAUUACAAAUGAUAAAAGCAAAGACACCGCAGCAGUGCUUUCAGUGGAAGGCAGGUCAUAUCCUGUUAAUAUUGAGUAUGCAAUAAGCCCGGUUGCCAACUAUCUUCAGAGUGCUGUUGAAACGGCGAUGGGUAUACACCUAGAAGAAGGGCCUGGGGACAUUCUGGUUUUCCUCACAGGACAGGAAGAAGUGGAAAGUGCUGUGUCUAAACUAAUAGAAAGAGCCAGGGGAAUGCCGAAGGGGUCAAGCUAUCUUAAAGUUCUUCCUAUGUACAGCGGACUUCCCUAUGAGGAGCAGAUGCUGGUUUUUAAACGGCCCCCACCCAACACUCGUAAGGUUAUCGUAGCAACUAAUGUAGCCGAAGCUUCAAUCACAAUCGAUGGAAUUGUCUAUGUUGUGGAUUGUGGGUUUGUUAAACUUCGGGCAUACUCUCCAGCUACAGGAAUAGAGAGUUUGGUGGUUACCGAGAUCUCGCAGGCAUCCGCCGAGCAGCGUGCGGGUCGAGCUGGAAGGGUGCGGGCAGGGAAAGCAUACAGGCUUUACACAGAGGACGCUCUUCACGACCUUAAGCCCGCCACAGUUCCUGAGAUGCAGAGGAGCAAUCUUGCGCCUGUCCUUCUCCAGCUGAAAAGUAUGGGAAUCGAUAACGUGCUGCGGUUUGACUUCCCCGCCAGGCCUCCUGCACAGUCCAUGGUACGGGGUCUGGAGCUACUCUACGCACUCGAUGCCUUAGACGACAACGGCAAACUUGUGGAUCCGCUGGGCGUGCAAAUGGCCGAGUUUCCGUUAGAACCAAUGAUCGCCAAGAUGCUGCUAAUAUCCGGGGAGUUCAAGUGUUCUGAGGAAAUCUUGACGAUCGCGGCUAUGCUGCAGAUUAAGAAUGUGUUCGUCACUCCGUCUAGCCAGAAGGCAGCUUCGGAGCAUGCUCGGAGAAAGUUCUCUGUAUACGAGGGCGACCAUCUCACGCAACUAAAUGUCCAUAGAGCAUUCCUUAAGCAUAAAAAGAGCUCAAGAUGGUGUCAUGAUAAUUUUGUCAAUUAUAAAGGCCUGAUGCACUCGGUCAAAAUAAGGGAACAGCUCAAGAAACUCUUGCAGCAUUUCAAGAUUCCUAUCGUGUCAUGUGAUGGAGAUGUCGAUCAGGUCUGUCGCUGUAUUGUGGCAGGAUUUUUCUCAAACGCUGCGCGCUAUCACCCCAGUGGAUGCUACAGGAGCGUUCGUGAUGAUCAUGCGCUUCAUAUCCAUCCGAUGUCGGUUCUGUACACAGAGAAACCACCGCCAUGGGUUGUAUACCACGAGAUUUUACAGACGUCACAAUAUUACAUGCGCGACGUCACAAAAAUUGAGCCGGAAUGGCUGUACGGGUUGGCACCGCACUACUAUGAGUUUGGAACGGUAUUGCCUAUUUACCUCACUCGCGCGGGCUUUCUUUCUAUAAAACUACUACCUUACCCUAAACUAUUUUUUUUUACUUUUCUAGGAAAGGGAGGUUGCUGCCAAAAGGGCGAAGGUGUCGAGCUAAAACGUUUCUCUUCGCCACCUGUCGGCAACAGUAGAGAGACAAGAGAUGGCUUCUUUCAAGCGAUUGCACACGGCAUAAAAUCACUCAUAUGAUACAAUGUUCUUACAAUGUGUACAUAACUGCGUAGCUGAGUGAACAAACUACUCUUUCCUUGAAACCUCCCGCAAACAGUACAUCAGCUAGCUCGGUUGAACAAAAGACGAAGGAAAUGUUGGAGAAACACUUCACACCUCCCAGCAUGGUGUAAACAGCCCUUUCGGCCUUAAUAGGCUGGAAAGUUUUAUACUAAAACAAAAUUUAAAAAAAGCUUAAAAGUCAGCUCCUUCCCUGUGAUCCUGGAACCAUCUCAUUUAUUCGUUCGCGCAUGCGCUCCAUUCCCUCCCCUGAUAAGGCAGAGAUCGGUAUGACGUCAUCAAACUCGACACUGCGCAUGUCCAAAAGAUCCCUUAGUCCCGGCUCCUGCGAGGCCGGCGAAUCAGCGGAGAUCUGUCCGAGUGCGACUAGUAGUCCCCCUGGUAAAUGGAAAGCAAUAAAAGGUUUCACUAGUUCUCAAAA